GAAGAAUCCUGGGACAUGUUGUGUUUAUCUGUCAGUGGACUCGAUCGUGUUUAGAUCUCAUCUGAUGAAAGAUUUUCCCAUUCCUGAUCGAAGCUCAUAACAGCAGUGAUGGACCACAAGAAGACUGUUGUUGUGACAGGUUUUGAGCCUUUUGGUGACCAUACUGUUAAUGCCAGCUGGGUGGCAGUACAGGAGCUGGAGAAACUGGGUUUGGGUGACGAUAUAAACCUUCACGUUGCUGAAGUGCCAGUGGAGUAUCAGGCGGUCCAGAAUCUUCUGCCGUCUCUAUGGAAACAGCACCUCCCACAAUUAGUGGUCCAUGUUGGAGUUUCUGGAAUGGCUACCACGGUAACGCUUGAACAGUGUGGUCAUAACCACGGUUACAUGCGCCUGGACAACUGCAGGUUUUGUCCUGAGUCCCGGUGCUGUAUGGAGGGAGGGCCGGACUGCAUUCAUUCUGUUAUAAACAUGGACGCUGUGUGUGAGAGAGUCAACGCCUCUGAACUCGGGGUCACUGUGUCCGUGUCAAAGGAUGCUGGAAGAUAUCUAUGUGACUAUACCUACUACACAUCGCUGUCCCUGGGCGAUGGCAGAUCUGCAUUUGUCCAUGUUCCUCCCCUGGGGAAUCCUUACAGUGCAGUGGAGCUUGCUCGCGCCCUCAGGGUCAUCGUCCUGGAGAUGCUGGAACUGAUGGAGCACAACAAUGGGAGGAAACACUGUCUGCACGACCAAUGAGAGCACAGGGGUGGGCCUCAGAUGGCUCGCUCACUCGUCGUGUAGCGUCAGUGUGAAUUCAGAGCUUCGUACAUAUUCAAAGACAUAAAUGUCUUGACUUCUGUGCUACAUACUUAAAGGAGCAUUUGGCUGUUUUGAGGUGCAACCUGUAUGCUAAAACUCAACUCUGCUGCUCGAAUAGGAAAGAAAUCACUUUUAUGGGGUAUACUUGAAAAAUGUCAAGAUAAAAAAGUCUGAAUUUGGAUACAUUGUUCUAAUGUAAAAAUACUCCUAAAAUUGCACUUGUUGGUCUUUCAUCAUCCUUUUAAAAAUAAAAAUUCUGUCAUUUACUUUAGAGGUCGACGGAUAGUGGAUUUUGCCGAUACAAUAACUAAAUUGAUGGAAAAGGCCAAUAACCGAUUAAUCGGCCAAUAGUUUUUAAAAUCUAUUUAGCAAAGUGAAAGUAAAAUCAACACAUUUUUUUCAGUGCAGAUAUGUUUUUGUUUUGCAACCAAAAUCGGAAUAACCAGAACAAAUAAAGAUUUGUUGUAUAACGCAGGACUUUUAAUUAUAAACAAGCCUGAAAUGAACCAGGGACUCUUAUUUUGUAAUGUCUGUGCUUACUGCUCACUCAAGGGACACAAAAUGUGCACUCUGAUAAUCAUCUAUAAUGUAUUGCUAUAGAAUCACUAUAAAGUAAACAUUGUUAAAAAUUAAUAUGCAGUAGAUCAUCAUUCAUCAAUAGUACAUCAUCAGCGAUCGCUUGUCAGUUGUCAUAUGUCUUUUCUUUUUUUUUAUAACAUUUCACAUUUAUAAUAUCAAAUUAGUCCAUAAACAGGGAUGGUGACAAGAGUCUUGGCUACAUUACAAUGCUCUAUGUAAAUAGUCACCAAAUUAAGCUUUUUUGUAGCCUGUCUAUUGACCAGAUUAAGAGGAACAAUUAAGAGAAAUUAUAAUAAUAAUAACUAGAUUGAAAAGUUUGUAGACAAACUUUAUGUUGGCUUGAAAUGUAUUGUCUGAAAGUAACACAAAUAAGUUUAAAAGCUUGGAGCUUUACAGAGCAACAGAUAGAACGACAAACAGGUGGAUAGAUAGAUGAUAGAUUAGCAUUGCUAACAUGUUGCUAGAGAUAGCUAGGUGUUACUAGCAUGUUGGUACCAUGUUUUAACAUUUUAUUAGGGGUUACUAAUAUGUUGCUAGUAUGUUUUAGCAUGUUGCUGGGCAUUGCUAACAGGUUUUAGCAUGUAGCUAUGCAUUGAUAGCAAGUUUUAACAUGUAGCUAUGCAUUGAGAACAUGUUUUAACAUGUAGCUAUGCAUUGAGAGCAUGUUUUAACAUGUAGCUAUGCAUUGAUGGCAUGUUUUAGCAUGUAGCUAGGCAUUGCUAGCAUGUUUUACCAUGUUGCUGAACGUUACGUCUAUGUUGCAAGUAUGUUUUAGCAUGUUGCUAUGCAUUGCUAGCAUGUUUUAGCAUGUAGCUAGGCAUUGUUGGCAUGAUUCUAUCAUAUUUUAGUAUGUAGUUGGGCAUUGCUAUCAAGUUUUAACAUGUUGCUAGGCAUUGUAAGCAUAUUUUAGCAUGUAGCUAGGUUGGUACCAUGUUUUAACAUUUUAUUAGGUAUUACUAAUAUGUUGCUAGUAUGUUUUAGCAUGUUGCUAGGCAUUGCUAACAAGUUUUAGCAUGUAGCUAUACAUUGAUAGCAUGUUUUAACAUGUAGCUAGGCAUUGCUAACAUGUUUUAGCAUAUAGCUCAGUGUUAUUAAUAUGUUGCAAGUAUGUUUUAGCAUGUUGCUAGGCAUUGCUAGCAUGUUUUAGCAUGUUGCUAAGCAUUGUAAGCAUGUUUAUCAUGUAGCUAGGCAUUGCUUGCAUAUAUUAACAUGUAGCUAGGUGUUGCUAAUAUGUUGCUAGCAUUUUUUAGCAUAUAGCUAAGCAUUGCUAGCAAGUUUUAACAUGUAGCUAUGCAUUGAGAACAUGUUUUAACAUGUAGCUAUGCAUUGAGAGCAUGUUUUAACAUGUAGCUAUGCAUUGAUGGCAUGUUUUAGCAUGUAGCUAGGCAUUGCUAGCAUGUUUUACCAUGUUGCUGAACGUUACGUCUAUGUUGCAAGUAUGUUUUAGCAUGUUGCUAUGCAUUGCUAGCAUGUUUUAGCAUGUAGCUAGGCAUUGUUGGCAUGUUUCUAUCAUAUUUUAGUAUGUAGUUGGGCAUUGCUAUCAAGUUUUAACAUGUUGCUAGGCAUUGUAAGCAUAUUUUAGCAUGUAGCUAGGUUGGUACCAUGUUUUAACAUUUUAUUAGGUAUUACUAAUAUGUUGCUAGUAUGUUUUAGCAUGUUGCUAGGCAUUGCUAACAAGUUUUAGCAUGUAGCUAUACAUUGAUAGCAUGUUUUAACAUGUAGCUAGGCAUUGCUAACAUGUUUUAGCAUAUAGCUCAGUGUUAUUAAUAUGUUGCAAGUAUGUUUUAGCAUGUUGCUAGGCAUUGCUAGCAUGUUUUAGCAUGUUGCUAAGCAUUGUAAGCAUGUUUAUCAUGUAGCUAGGCAUUGCUUGCAUAUAUUAACAUGUAGCUAGGUGUUGCUAAUAUGUUGCUAGCAUGUUUUAGCAUAUAGCUAAGCAUUGCUAGCAUGUUUUAACAUGUAGCUAGGCAUUGCUAGCAUUCUACUAAGUGUUUCUAGCAUGUAAGAGUCUAAAAGUUUGGUCUCAAAAGUCAGAAUAAUACGUUUAUUUAGUAGAACAGUGUGUUGGCUUUUUCAAGCCAACAUAAUAAAGAAAUAUAACUUUCUGCAUCUAUAUUUUUAGAUAACUGAUAGUUCCAAAAAGCAACUAUCGGCACUGAUUAAUAGGUAAAACUGAUAAUCGGUCUACCUCUGCUUUACCAUAUUCAAAAUCCUGUUCCAAACUUGUAUGACUUUAUUUCUUACGGGAUAUACAAAUGUGAAUUUUUAAAGAAUAUCUUUUCCUUGUAAUGAAAGUGAGUAUGGACUGGAGCUGCACUUCAUUCACUGUCAUUAUGUGGAAUAGAGCAGACAGGAUAUUCUUCAAACAUUCAAACAGAAGAAAGUAAGUCUUACAGGUUUGGACAAAAACAAGUAUGAGUAAAUGGUGACAGAAUUUUCAUCUUGGGAGAACUAUUCCAUAAAGAAAAUAUGAAUUCAAUCAGUAAAUUACUAGUGUUUUCUAUAUACAUUAUUCACUCGGUCAGGCAUUUCGGUGGUAUAAAGUGUUUCAAAUGUGGUUCCCUCAUCUGCAAUUUUCAAAUAUACCCCAAACUCACACAGUUUGUGCUCUCCAAAGACCCAAAAGGUUUAUUUGUAAAGGAGACCUGUAAUUAAAGGGAUAGUUCACCCAAAAAUUAAAAUUCUGUCAUCAUACUCACCCUCAGGCCAUCCCAGAUGUGCCUGACUUUCUUACUUUUGCAGAACACAAAUGAAGAGUUUCAGAAGAAUAUCUCAGCUCUGUAGGUCUGUACAAUGCCAGUGAAUGGUGACCCAAACUUGAAGCUCCAAAAAGCACAUAAAGGAAGCAGAAAACUCCUUUUUUUAAUAUAAAUCUGGUCAUUGCAGUCUCUAAGCUCUUGACCCAUGCGCAGAGCACUAGAUGAUGCUAGGAAGUGUAAUCGAGCUUGAAAUCAUGAUAAUCAAAAAGACUGUUGAUGUCAAGAUUUAGAGUAAAGAAAUUUGAUUUAUGCUGCCUUUUAUGUGCUUUUUGAAGCUUCAAAGUUUUGGUCACCUACAGAGCUGAGAUAUUCUUCUAAAAAACUUAAUUUGUGUUCUGCAAAAGAAAGUAAGUCAUACACAUCUGGGAUGGCAUGAGGGUCAGUAAAUGAUGAGAUAGUGUUCAUUUUUGGGUGUACUGUCCCUUUAAGAAACUACAGUGUGUGAUUUUAUAGAGGAAGUAAUGAUCUGCCUGCUGGACCAUGUUAAAAAGAGAUGAUAACUAUGGUUGCCUGGAAGUGCCAAAGUGCGUAUAUAGGCAUUAGGAUCACUACCAUUAAAAACGAUAAGCUGUAUCUAGUCUAGAGGUUGACCAAGGGACGGAUUACCGACUGGGCCAAUGGGGCCAGUGCCCAGGGAGCCUUGACUGCCCGGGGUGCCCUGGGCUUUAAGUCUGCGCGAUCUAACUUGGUGAUCCCUGCUGCUUGGGCAUGAACAAUGAAC